AUGGCGCUGCGUGGGGUGGAGGGAGGAGAGAGAAAACAGGAGAGAGAGGAAGAGGGGUCGUGGAAGCUCACGGAGGAAGAAGAAAAGGAGCUGAUCAGUAUGGCAGGUGGUGACACUUCCAAGGACAGCCGUAAGCAAAAAAGGGAGGUCUCCCAAAAGGUGCGGGCGAUGAAGGGGACCAUUAUUACUGAAGUUCAGACCCCCCAGCGGGAAUUGUCGAAGGAGGAGGAACUCCGAGCGAAGGAGGAGGAACUCCGAGCAAAGGAUGAGGAGCUCGAUGCCAAGGAUGAGGAAAUCCUAGCUAAGGAAGAGGAAAGCAUGACAAAAGAGGUUGGGGCAUAUGUGAACGCCCAUAAUUACCUUCUGGCCGAGCUAAAGAAGCAGUAUCCUGAAGAAGACUUCUCCUGGAUGGACCAGCUCGCUCCAGAGGCUGAAGAGGAGAGUGACGAGGAGCCAAAGAGGGAGAGAGGGGGAGAGAAUCAGAGAGUGGAUGAUAUACCUGGGGAGCAGGCUGGGGGUGAUCCACCUGCUGAAUGA